AUGGGCUUCAACAAACCUGUUGUUCAUAACUUCUACGAUAAAUUGGAAAAGACGAUGAACAAAUACAAAUUUGGACCAGAAAAAAUAUAUAAUACAGAUGAGACGGGAUUGACGACAGUUCAAGGACCAACGAAAGUUUUGGCUGAGAAAGGUCAGCGACAAGUCGGCCAAGUAACAUCUUCGGAAAGGGGCUGCCUAGUUACGAUGUGCGGAACUAUAAAUGCGAUAGGAAAUUCAAUUCCACCAUUCCUUAUAUUUCCACGUGUAAAUUAUAAGGAAUACAUGAUUAAAGGAGCUUCCCAUGGCACUGUAGGUGCUGCCACUCCAUCUGGAUGGAUAUCAGCGGAAGUAUUUGUAAAAUAUUUAGAACAUUUUAUACAUCAUUUACAUUCCAGCAAAGAUAAUCCCGUCUUACUGAUCAUGGAUAACCAUGAAUCCCACAUUUCUUUGAGGGCUAUUGAUUUAGCAAAGUCUAAUGGAGUUAUACUAUUACCUAUCCCUCCGCACACCAGCCACCGGUUACAACCAUUAGACCGAUGUGUGUAUGGUCCACUGAACCGCUCGCCGUAA